UGACUUCAGUCGGCAACUCCACUCGUCCUAGGGAUUUUCGGCCUUUGCUCGGCCUCAUGAGACGCUCUCUGCAAAGUGCUUGCAGACUGCAAAGACGACUGGCCACUGGCGCCGUACCGCCAGCUGGAAGAGGUAUCAUUGCCGAUCCUUCGGCUUGGGUAGGAGUUGCACGUCCGAGACACCCUGCAUUUUCCGCACUCCGGACCUUUGCUGAUGAGAACCAGCUACGGAAGAGUGAACAGACCUUUCAGGACAGCUUUGCUGAAGCCCGCCUUUGUUUGGACGAUGCACGAGAGUCGCAGGGCACCACCUAUUUCAAGGAGACAUAGAGCGACAAUCAAGCGCAUCAAUACUAGUUGGUUGAUGAUGGAUCACAGAUUUUGAAGAGCUGGAUACUUUAACAGGAAGUGUGUUCACCUACAUGUACUACAUAGUCACGUGACAGAGCAGUUCCCUUGUAGCAAUCAAUCGCUCCGAACAUGUUGUUCUUCAACAAAUGCGUCCCCAUGCUUGUGGCGUGCAUUUGUCAGAGAGCUACAACUCACCGGUUUUUGCAUUGAUCCAGCAGGGUUGCACCAUCAGACCAAUCUUUGCUGCAAACUGGUCACUCCCGGGUAGUUUGGUACCGAUGCAGCUUGUUAACUUGUUAAAAGAUUGGUUUCUGGCAUGCUUUGACCUUUUUUAUUUGAACCCAAGGCAUGUUGAAACAAUGUGUUCUUUCUUUUCUUCAAGCAUGUUCAAGCUCGUUUGGCUGAUUUGUAGACAUUGUAUCAUAGAUGCUUCAUUGUUUCAUUAUACUUUCAUAUGAUGAACACGUUUCAAUGCAUGUUUGUUGAAACCGGUGUUUCUAACUGGGAGGAUGAUAUCGAAGAUGCAGAAGAGGCUGUGACCAAGGUCUCACAGGCGUACGAGGAUCACAAGUCGCUUCUUUCAGAGUCAGGUUCCAAACUCCGGGAAUUCGAAGACGCGAAUGGUCUGAAAAUGAAAUCCUUGAAAGAAGAGUUUGCUCAGCUGCUGCAUGAAGACGACCAUGAGUGAGACACGGCGCUGCAGAUUUGUCCCCUGUGGUUUGGCCAAAUCCGUCCUUUUGAGACAAAGCGUGUAGAGAGUGUAGGCUGUUUUCAUGGCGAGAGGGUGCCAGGCAAGUGCACUAAUGGUUUUUUCACCGUACCUCCAUUGGUUGAGGGACGAUGUCGCAGUACGCUGUACACUUUGAUCUCUAAGUCAAAA